AUGGCGGAGGACAGCGAGUCUGCGGCCAGCCAGCAGAGCCUGGAGCUGGAUGACCAGGACACCUGCGGCAUAGACGGCGACAAUGAGGAGGAGGCCGAGCACGCCAAGGGAAGUCCUGGAGGGGAUUUGGGGGCGAAGAAGAAGAAAAAGAAGCAGAAGAGAAAAAAGGAGAAACCAAAUUCUGGAGGCACCAAAUCAGAUUCUGCGUCUGACUCCCAGGAGAUUAAAAUUCAACAGCCUUCAAAAAAUCCAGCCAUUCCAAUGCAGAAGCUUCAAGACAUCCAAAGAGCGAUGGAGCUGCUCUCUGCAUGCCAAGGCCCAGCAAAGAAUAUUGAUGAGGCUACCAAACGUAAAUACCAGUUUUGGGAUACGCAACCUGUACCUAAACUUAAUGAAGUUAUAACUUCACAUGGUGCAAUUGAACCAGAUAAGGACAAUGUCCGCCUAGAGCCAUAUUCUUUGCCACAAGGUUUUAUGUGGGACACAUUGGAUCUUAGCAAUGCUGAAGUUCUGAAGGAGUUAUACACACUGUUAAAUGAGAAUUAUGUAGAAGAUGAUGAUAAUAUGUUUAGGUUUGAUUAUUCACCUGAAUUUCUUCUGUGGGCGCUACGUCCUCCGGGCUGGUUACCCCAAUGGCACUGUGGGGUUAGAGUGUCUUCAAACAAAAAACUGGUAGGAUUCAUAAGUGCCAUCCCUGCAAAUAUUCGUAUUUAUGACAGUGUGAAGAAAAUGGUAGAAAUCAAUUUUCUGUGUGUCCAUAAGAAACUGAGAUCUAAACGGGUAGCACCUGUACUGAUUCGGGAAAUAACCAGAAGAGUAAACCUGGAAGGAAUUUUUCAGGCUGUUUACACUGCUGGAGUGGUACUCCCCAAACCUGUGGCCACUUGCAGGUAUUGGCAUCGAUCACUGAAUCCCAGAAAAUUGGUGGAGGUGAAAUUUUCACAUUUGAGUAGAAACAUGACUCUACAGAGAACAAUGAAGCUCUACAGACUUCCUGAUGCCACAAAGACUUCAGGUUUGAGACCAAUGGAACAAAAAGAUACUAAAGCAGUACAAGAAUUAAUCAACACUUACUUGAAACAGUUUAAUCUUGCUCCUGUGAUGGAUGAAGAAGAGGUAGCCCACUGGUUCCUGCCUCGGGAUCAUAUUAUUGACACUUAUGUAGUAGAGGGCUCAAAUGGUAUUUUAACAGACUUCCUGAGUUUCUACACAUUACCUUCAACAGUGAUGCACCAUCCUGUUCAUAAAAGCCUCAAAGCUGCCUAUUCCUUUUACAAUAUUCAUACAGAGACCCCCCUCUUGGACUUAAUGAAUGAUGCACUCAUUAUAGCUAAAUUGAAAGGAUUUGAUGUGUUCAAUGCACUAGACUUAAUGGAGAACAAAACAUUCCUGGAAAAACUCAAGUUUGGGAUUGGAGAUGGAAAUUUGCAGUAUUAUUUGUACAACUGGAGGUGUCCUGGCAUGGAAUCCGAAAAGGUUGGUCUUGUAUUACAAUGAGAACACUUAUGUUUCUAGAACUCUGAGGUCAUCGUUUGAGUUAAUUUGAUCUCCAUAACUCUUGGAAUGGUAUUGUUCAAGAGGAGUAAAAGCACAACGUCAGUGAUACUGAAAUAGUCCAUUAAACCUGAACAAUGAAGACAUCCAUAUGUGACCAAAUUUAUGCAUUUUCAGAUAGAUCAGAAGGUCCAUGAAACUCUUUUAUUGUCCAUGAAAAGAAUAAAAGCACAUUCAUUUAAGUUUCAAAGCUUAGCUUGCACCUUGAUGAGAAGAAGGUAUUUUUUUUCCACUCUGUAGAAAAGACUGUUUUGUACAAACUGAACUUCAGUGGUGGAUUAGGGUACAAAAAUAUUUGCUAUUAUGUGGAUGAACUGCUGCAUUUCUAUUUAUUAAGUGGUGGUGUAUGUUUGUCAGUGUAACAGAAUGAAGGAUACAAACUUGAGUAUCUUUGCUUAUUUACGUCACGUGGAUAUCAUCAUUUGGGGGAAAAUCAUGAAGUACGAUACGUUUGUAGCUCUACGAAAGUCCUGGAUGUUUUUGUAACUGGAGCAGUAUGACAAUGUACUGGUUUAACUAGUGCAUUUGUUUCUCCAUAAGCAACGCUGCCAAAUCAAUAAAAAUACAGAUUUGUACUUUGAUCUUCAA